AGGAAGGUCACACCAUCCCCCACCAUCAUCGGGGUGAUGAACUGAUUGAUAUAAAAGUUGAGGUGAAGAAGGAAGAAGAGGAGGCACAUCUGCUGGGUGAUCAGGAGGGAACGGAGGAGGAUGUGGUUAUGGUGACAAUCAAAGAGGAGGAAUCUUCAGUAGAUAUCGGUUCAGGGGAUGGACAUGAUGCCCAUAGGAAGACACACAAAGGGAAGACUCCAUAUUCAUGUGAGGAGUGCGGGAAAGGCUUUACCUGGAAGAGUGCCUUCGUCGGUCACCAGCAGACUCACACCGGGGAGCGUCCUUUUUCUUGUCCAGAGUGUGGCAAAUGCUUCAGCCAAAAACCUUCUCUUACUCAGCAUCGGAAACUUCACUUACAUGAGAACUCGUUGUCCUGCUCGGAGUGCGGCAAAACGUUUAAAACAAAAUAUGAACUUCGAGUCCAUCGGAGGGUUCACACGGGUCAGGAGAUCUUUUCCUGCUCGGAAUGUGACAAAUGUUUCUCGCGAAAUGCGCACCUUCGUAUCCACCAGAGAAGCCACACGGGUGAACGCCCUUUCCCAUGUUCUGAGUGCGGAAAAUCUUUCUCACGCAAAGAAAACCUCCUUAUCCACAGGAGAAGUCACACCGGCGAGCGUCCUUUUUCCUGCUCGGAGUGCGGAAAAACUUUUGGGAAAAGCUCCACCCUGAAGGCACACCUUAUUACGCAUCAGAAAAGGCGCAAGAGCCAACGUUCUUUUUCUUGUCUGGAGUGCCAGGUUUUCUUCAAAUCCAAAUCCAAACUCCUGCUACACCAAAGCGUUCACACCGGCGAGCAGGUCUUCUCCUGCCUGGAGUGCGACAAGUCGUUCCGUACCAAGUGGCAACUAGCUGAGCACCAGAGAGUUCACACCGGUGAAAAGCCCUUCGCCUGCUCCGAGUGCGGAAGACGUUUUUCACACAAAAAAACCCUGACCACUCAUCAGAAGAUCCACACUGGCGAGAGGCCCUUUUCCUGCCCAGAGUGCGGGAAAUGUUUCACAAGGAAAGAACAUCUAACUAAACACCAGAGAACGCACAGCCGCUGAAGCAAAUGCUAGUCAACCUUUUGUGAGCUGGGUUGUUCUCUUUAUAAAAACAGUUGUAUCACAAAGAUAAGCUUUAAAGGGUCAGUCCAUCCCAUCUAAAAUUGAUGUUCCAGUCUUUGGCAUUGUGUGACGGAUCGAGUGACCUAAUGCCUUUUUUUUAUAUCUCUUGCGACUCGUUUGGUUUUCCCACUCCUCGUGUUGCUUUCUCCUCAUAUGAAAUGUCCAUCUCCAUUCCUCAAUAUAACGUCAUGUUCCCAACAAAUGAGAAGGAGAAUACUGUACACCAUAUGAAA